CUUGGGAAAAACAGCGAGGGCAGAUGAGAAUAGUAGGAAUUAGAGAGUUUAUGGAAAAAUUUCCCAAAGAAGGUAAAUAUAAUUUGAAAUAUGGCUUUAUUUUUUCUUCUCAACAAGAAGAUGAUGAGGUUUCUGAAAAUCAAAAUCAAAAAGAAGAAAAUAAAGAAGAGAAAAAGUCAGAAAACGAAACUUCGGAGAAGCAAAAGGAAAGAGUUGAAAUGAUUGAGGAAAAAUCAAAAAUUAAAUAA